UCAGGUUGAAAAGUGCCACAGGACUGAUCAGAAUGGAGAUUAUGGAAACCGUCAAGACAGCCGCACAUUUUCCUUCCAGUUUGCCUCACAUGCAUCACUUGUUGGCGUUGCUGCUCUUAGUUGUCGCUGUCUGCAAACUCACUGCUCUGAUCGUCAAAAGAAGGGAGACAUUGCGAAAUCUUGAAGCGUUUCCAGGACCACCAGCACACUGGCUUUUCGGACACGUCCAGGAGUUUAAACAGGAUGGGACAGAACUGGACAAAGUGGUAAAGUGGGGGGAGCAAUACCCGUUUGCCUUUCAAAUAUGGUUUGGUCCUUUUGUUUCAUUCCUCAACAUUCACCACCCGGAUUAUGUGAAAACCCUACUGUCAACAACAGAGCCAAAAGAUGACUUUGGAUAUAGAUUCAUCAUACCUUGGAUUGGAGAUGGUUUGCUGGUGUCAAGUGGUCAGAAGUGGUUUCGCAACAGAAGACUUUUGACACCCGGUUUCCAUUAUGACAUUUUGAAGCCAUAUGUAAAACUGAUGUCAGAUUCUGCCAAAACUAUGUUGGACAAAUGGGAGAGUUAUGCACAAACCAGUGAGUCUUUUGAGUUGUUUGAACACGUGAGUCUCAUGACACUGGACAGCAUCAUGAAGUGUGCCUUCAGCUGCAACAGCGACUGUCAACACGAGGGUGGAACAAAUGCGUACAUCAAAGCAGUGUAUGACCUCAGUUUUCUGAUUAACCUACGGUUCAGGGUCAUUCCUUACCACAACAACAUCAUUUUCCACCUCAGCCCACAUGGCUUCAGAUUUAGGAAAGCAGUGAAGGUGGCUCAUCAUCACACAGAGGAAGUCAUAAGAAAGAGGAGAGAAGAACUUAAGAAAGAGACUGAGCUGGACCGAAUACAAGCCAAGAGAAACUUGGAUUUUCUGGAUAUCCUUCUUUGUGCAAGGGACGAGAAUCAGCAUAGUCUGUCAGAUGAGGACAUACGGGCAGAAGUGGACACUUUCAUGUUUGAGGGCCAUGACACCACAGCCAGCGGCAUCUCUUUCAUCCUCUACUGUCUGGCCUGCAACCCAGAACACCAACAAAUGUGCAGGGAUGAGAUCACGUACGCCCUGGAGGGAAAGGACACCAUUGACUGGGAGGAUCUCAGUAAAAUUCCCUACACCACAAUGUGCAUUAAAGAAUCCCUCCGUCUUUACCCUCCUGUCCCAGGAAUAGCCCGAAAAAUAACCAAACCCUUAACCUUCUUUGAUGGGAGGACUGCCGCUGCAGGUUCUCUUGUUGGAACUAGUGUGUAUGGGAUUCAUAGGAAUGCAACAGUCUGGGAGAACCCUAAUGUCUUUGACCCACUCCGUUUCCUGCCAGAGAAUGUGUCCAGCAGGUCACCCCACGCCUUUGUGCCUUUUUCUGCCGGCCCCAGGAACUGCAUUGGGCAGACUUUUGCGAUGAAUGAGAUGAAAGUGGUGAUCGCCCUGACUCUGAGGAGGUAUCAGCUGAUCGAGGACCCCGACAGGAAGCCCAAGGUCAUUCCCAGCCUGGUGCUUCGCUCGCUCAACGGCAUCCACAUCAAGAUCAAACCUGUGGACCAUCAACCGUAAAAUGGAAGCACUGUAGGAAAUAUGGCUAACCCAAAAAACAUGCAAUUCAACUUGUGCUUCAUUAUCAGUAACACAUCUGGGACAGUGAAAUUUUUUUUUAAUGUGAUCUAAAGAAAGAUAAUGAACAGUAGACUGUUUUAUUAAGUAACUGAAUAGGAUUAUCUUUUUGCAAUGAUAAUCUGAUUAUCAUUUUGCACAAAAAGAUUUUGACACUUAAUUUUAUACUACACUGAAUUUAUCUGUACAUUUUGCCUGUAUAUGAUAAUUGUCAGUCAUUUCACACUAACUACUGUAACUAUGUUUUUCAUAUGACAGAUUGUAUGUUCAUCGUGCAAUAAGAGAACUUAUAUUGUGUUGGGACUUUUAUGUCUCUGGCAC